GGAAGUAUGAACAGGAUUUGUCAGAUGUCGACUUGAGUUUGUCACGGCGGAUCUGCCUUGUGGUGUGAGCAGGAGCAGAGGCGCAGUGUCAGUUUAUUUCGUGUUGUGGUUUUUGUUGUGCAGACGGCAUGCGGAAGGUUUUCCUCAUCCUCACGGUCGCUUUGUGCUGCGGCUUCUCCAGAGGAGCACCUGCAAAAGGUGGCAGUCUGCAAGCACAACCAGAGACUCAAGUUGGGAAUGGAGAGCAAAAAGAAGCGCACCAAGUGGCAGCAGCUGGUCAAGGUCAAGCUGAAUCAGUGCAGACACACGGAAAUAAUAUGUUAGAAGGGGGAAACGACAAGACAAGCUUGGACAACAGCAACAAGAAAUCAGAGGGAGAGAGCAAGACGGAUUCAGAAGCCAGUAAACAGAAAUCAGAGGGAGAGAGCAAGACGGGUUCAGAAGCCAGUAAACAGAAAUCAGAGGGAGAGAGCAAGACGGGUUCAGAAGCCGGUAAACAGAAAUCAGAGGGAGAGAGCAAGACGGGUUCAGAAGCCAGUAAACAGAAAUCAGAGGGAGACAGCAAGACGGGUUCAGAAGCCGGUCAACAGAAAUCAGAGGGAGAGAGCAAGACGGGUUCAGAAACCGGUCAGCAGAAAUCAGAGGGAGAGAGCAAGACGGGUCCAGAAGCCGGUAAACAGAAAUCAGAGGGAGACAGCAAGACGGGUCCAGAAACCGGUCAACAGAAAUCAGAGGGAGACAGCAAGACGGGUCCAGAAGCCGGUAAACAGAAAUCAGAGGGAGACAGCAAGACGGGUCCAGAAGCCGGUAAACAGAAAUCAGAGGGAGACAGCAAGACGGGUCCAGAAGCCGGUAAACAGAAAUCAGAGGGAGACAGCAAGACGGGUCCAGAAGCCGGUAAAGAGAAAUCAGAGGGAGACAGCAAGACGGGUCCAGAAGCCGGUAAACAGAAAUCAGAGGGAGAGAGCAAGACGGGUCCAGAAGCCGGUAAACAGAAAUCAGAGGGAGACAGCAAGACGGGUCCAGAAACCGGUCAACAGAAAUCAGAGGGAGAGAGCAAGACGGGUCCAGAAGCCGGUAAACAGAAAUCAGAGGGAGACAGCAAGACGGGUCCAGAAGCCGGUAAAGAGAAAUCAGAGGGAGACAGCAAGACGGGUCCAGAAGCCGGUAAACAGAAAUCAGAGGGAGAGAGCAAGACGGGUCCAGAAGCCGGUAAACAGAAAUCAGAGGGAGAGAGCAAGACGGGUCCAGAAGCCGGUAAACAGAAAUCAGAGGGAGACAGCAAGACGGGUUCAGAAGCCGGUAAAGAGAAAUCAGAGGGAGACAGCAAGACGGGUCCAGAAGCCGGUAAACAGAAAUCAGAGGGAGAGAGCAAGACGGGUCCAGAAGCCGGUAAACAGAAAUCAGAGGGAGAGAGCAAGACGGGUCCAGAAGCCGGUAAACAGAAAUCAGAGGGAGACAGCAAGACGGGUUCAGAAGCCGGUAAAGAGAAAUCAGAGGGAGACAGCAAGACGGGUCCAGAAGCCGGUAAAGAGAAAUCAGAGGGAGAGAGCAAGACGGGUCCAGAAGCCGGUAAACAGAAAUCAGAGGGAGAGAGCAAGACGGAUCCGAACGCCGGUAAACAGAAAUCAGAGGGAGACAGCAAGACGGGUUCAGAAACCAACAGUCAGGGAGCUGAAGGAGAUGACAGGACAGACACAGCAAGUUUUGACUCCAGUAGUAAUGAGCAAGAAGAAGGAACCAGGAGGAAAGACUUUAUUUAUAAGAUACCUGGAGUCAAAGAUGAGACAGAAAGCAGUCACUUCUUCGCCUACCUUGUCACCACUGCUGUGAUGGUGGCAGUACUCUACAUUGCAUACCACAACAAGCGCAAGAUAAUUGCCUACCUUUUGGAAGGAAAGAAAUCAAGAUCAGCACGUCGACCCAAGUCCACAGACUACCAAAAGCUGGAACAGCAUAUGUGAAACUCUGACAGCAUCAUGAAGCCAUUGCCAAGUGCAACUAAAUACACUGUGGAUUAUGUUAGAAGGUGGCGAGUUGAUUUUGAUGAUAGGUAUUUUCUUUGCUGUGAUUGUUUGAAAUGUAAACAGUACUAUUUUUUACCUUUUUAGAUGCUUAUUGCAUGACUAUGCAGAUGACACUGUUGCCUUAUUAAGGGAAUUAGUGGAAAUCAAUGAAGAAAAUAAGCAUGCUGUUUUUGCACUCGUGUUGUUGCGCCACGUCUUACGCAGUAAUUGUUUUGUCAUUUGAUCUGACUUAGGUCUUGACUCAGGAUAUUUUAGUAGCAGAUGACUUUAUUAGCUGUUUGGAUUCCAACCUUGUUUGUACAGUACAUAGUGCUUGCAUUGUGUACCCAAAUAAGCCAUUUGAAUUGCUGUAAUAUGUUAGUUUUGCAUUCCAUUGAUGAACUAUGUCCAUAAUGCCUAUUAGAUAAAUCAGAUGCAUUUAUUUUACAUACAUUGUAAUCACAUGGACUUAAGUACAAUGCUGAGAUGUCUGCUAGUUUCCACAACCAAAUCUCGUUGGCCAGAUGAAUGUAAUGAUGAUGUAUAAUUUUGUUAAUGAAAGGCUAGUAGCUCCCCACUGUAACUGCCUGAGGAGAAAAGGCUGAGGGUUUUUUUUUUUUUUUUUUUUUACACAUAAAAUAACUCCAAUCUCAUUAAAAAUAAACAUUGACAUGAUGAUUUAACUGCUGUUGGGCACACAUCCUCUUGUGUCUCCAGGCUGCAGCAUUAACAUUUUACUGGUCGCUAGUCUGGUUACUUUGAGGGUGUCCAACACCUCUAUGGCCGAUUACUCCUUUUUUUGGGUGAGCAAGAUCAUUUAUAGCCUUACUUCGCUUCUAUCAGUUAUUGUUUUGUGUGUGACCUACAGUCUCAAAUGUUUAUUUUUAACAUAAUAACUUAUGUUUUGUCUGGGGAAACGUUGUGCACUGUUUUGACUGGUGGGAGUGCAAUAUUGAAAAAAAAAUGAUGUGUAUGUGGGAUAGGAUGACCACUAUGGAAUCACACUAAAUUUUUACUCUUGAACGUACGUGUGUUUUGUUCAAAAUGACAUUUGUCAAGGAGAUAACCUGUGCCAAAUUGCAAAUGGGUUGGUUGUGACUGUGUGUGUUAUUUUCUGUUAUGUGAUUGCUUCCUAAAUUAACACUGUAUUUCUAUCCAAGAUUGAUUUCUUAGAGUUUGCAGUGGUCAUUAUUGUUGUAAUAUUAUGGAGAGUCAUUUCUGCAAAAAGUAAAUAUAUCCCUUUUGGGGGUUGGGUGUGGGGAGGUAGUCCAUGUCCAAGUCUGAAAAAACAGGCACCAGGAUUUGCCCCGUGGACUAUUCCUACCUGUGAAAUGAUUUAUGUUCACAGAUGUUUUGAUUCCAAUGAAUAAAUGGCUUUAUGGCUGAUUUGGUGGCGAGAUCAGAAUUCUUUAUUUUAUUGGAUUUGUUUUGUCUUACUUUGCUAGAAAUGGCUAUCCAUAUGCAUCUGCUGUCAUUUAAAUGUAGAUGUGGUAUUGCAUAUUACAUCUGUGCAUGCUGGACCGAUUGAGAGAAGCAUUGAUUUUAAAAUAAAUGCCUUUUGUACUUUCUAGCUU